CUUGCUUCUGCUUCGCUGCUGAAGCAGGUUUGCUGCCGCGCAACUGCCAUGGAGACGCUGCUGAAGCGUGAGCUGGGCUGCAGCUCGGUCAAAGCUACGGGCCACUCGGGAGGCGGGUGCAUUAGCCAGGGCCAGAGUUACGACACGGACAAAGGACGAGUGUUUGUGAAAGUGAACUCCAAGGCAGAGGCAAGAAGAAUGUUUGAAGGUGAGAUGGCAAGUUUAAUGGCCAUUAUGAAGACAGACACAGUGAAAGUACCCAAGCCCAUCAAGGUUCUGGAUGCCCCAGGAGGUGGGAGCGUGCUAGUGAUGGAGCAUUUGGACAUGCGGUAUCUGAGCAGUCAUGCCGCCAAGCUUGGGUCCCAGCUUGCAGAUCUACACCUCGAGAACAAGAAGCUUGGAGAAGGGCUACUCAAGGAGGCUGGCACCGUGGGGAAAGGAAGUGGACAGGCAGAGCGGCUCUUUGUGGACCAGUUUGGAUUUGAUGUGGUGACAUGUUGUGGAUACCUUCCCCAGGUAAAUGACUGGCAGAAUGAUUGGGUCACAUUCUAUGCCAGGCAGCGCAUUCAGCCCCAGAUGGAUAUGGUAGAGAAGAGGUCUGGAGACCGGGAAGCUCUUGAGCUGUGGUCUGCUCUGCAGUUGAAGAUUCCUGACCUAUUCCAUGAUCUGGAAAUUGUGCCCUCUUUACUUCACGGAGACCUCUGGGGAGGGAACGUAGCAGAAGAUUCCUCUGGGCCCAUCAUUUUUGAUCCAGCUUCCUUCUACGGCCACUCAGAAUAUGAGCUGGCAAUAGCCGGCAUGUUUGGGGGCUUCAGUAGCUCCUUUUACUCUGCCUAUCAUAGUAAAAUCCCUAAAACCCCAGGAUUUGAGAAACGCUUGCAGUUGUAUCAGCUCUUUCACUAUCUGAACCACUGGAAUCAUUUUGGAUCUGGGUACAGAGGGUCCUCUCUAAACAUAAUGCGGAAUCUCAGCAAAUGAACUGGCCGGAGGGCAGAGUCUCUUGAGUGUGCUGAAUCUUCUCACAAGAGGACUCCAUGUCUACACCAAGUCUACCCGUCAUAGCAUCACUGUGAACUGAGGGAAGGGCCUGGAGUCAGUUGACCAGAUUCCAGUUAUAUGGUCAAGGAGCUCCUGAUGCUCCAUGGUCCUUCUCCUCGUGGAUUCUCCCCGUUUACCCCAUGACUGGACUUGCUUAAGAUUCCUUUGCGUCUUAUUUCUAAGCUUUGUAAAGUAAGGGUUAUUUCAGAAGAAAGGUUGUAUAAUUCUGAAGUUGUGUACGUUGUAAGACUUUCUGGCUAGAUUAGGCCUUGCUGGGGGUGUGAACAGAGACCUAUGAAGUUAGGGAUAGUGGCCACACAGGUAGAGGAAUGGGAGUGCCUAUGUUGGUGUGCGGAGGGUGCCCACUGUGCAGGGAAGUGGCCAGUGCGUCCCCCUCCCAACACUUCCUUGUCCAUUGUCAACAUUUCUGAACUAUUCACAGUGAUCCUUUGUCAUGACUAGGCUUGAUCUACACAUGGAGUCAUCUCGUUAUAAGAUCUGAGUAAAGACCAAUUCUAAAAUCAGUGAUAUUCCCUUUGGUUGUGUAGUGCUUCUGAGCCCUGCUACAAGCUGAGAUGGUCUGGAGAUUGGCUUGAGGACUGACCAAGCUAGCAACCUUAGGGUAACUUGGUUCAGUUUAGGAGCCUGGAAAUAUUCCUGUUAUGCCAGCUUUGUGCUGUUUUCUUUUUCUUUUGUUUUGUUUUGUUUUUGAGACAGGGUUUCUCUGUGUAGCCUUGGCUGUCCUGGAACUCACUGUGCAGGUUAGAUCUGCCUGCCUCUGCCUCCUAAGUGCUGGGAUUAAAGGUGUGCACCACCACAGCUAAAGCUGUCAUUUCAUUGCAACAUACGAGCAUUUAUAUUAAUAUUUUUCUGUCUUUCAAUAUUGUAGAAAUGGGAAAUUCCAUGAAUGACAUUGAUAAAUCUUUUUGCUUAAAAAUUUGAAUAAAAUUGCAAAUGUUUCAGUGAUGCCUAA